CACCUUCGGCACGACCCUGGAAGCCAUGCGGGCACUGUAUCUUACAUCAUAACUUAUUAUUAACUUUUACAGUGUAUAGACGAUUUGCCAACACAAUUCGCUUUGCAAAAGUACUCAAUUAUUAGCAUUUAACAAAUUAAAAUGUCUAAACUAUUUAACGCUUUAGGAACCAUCGGCGUCGGCCUGGCUGUCGGAGCGAGUGUUGUGAAUACUGCCCUUUACAAUGUGGAUGGCGGGUACAGAGCUGUGAUAUUUGACAGGUUCAGAGGAGUUCAAGAUAAAGUUGUAGGAGAAGGAACACAUUUCAUGAUUCCGUGGGUACAGAAACCAAUCAUAUUUGACAUCCGAUCAAGACCAAGGAAUAUUGCUGUGGUCACAGGAAGCAAAGAUUUACAGAAUGUUAACAUCACUCUCAGAAUUCUGUUCCGACCAAUGAGUAACAGUCUCCCUAAAAUCUACACAAACCUUGGAAUGGACUACGAUGAAAGAGUGCUCCCAUCAAUUACCAAUGAGGUCCUGAAAGCUGUGGUGGCGCAGUUUGAUGCCAGUGAAAUGAUCACCCAGAGAGAAGUUGUAUCGACAAAGGUCAGAGAAGAGCUAACGGAGAGAGCCCAUCAGUUUGGUGUAGUCCUCGACGACAUUUCACUGACUCAUCUCACAUUUGGUCGAGAGUUUACACUUGCUGUAGAAAUGAAACAAGUUGCCCAGCAGGAUGCCGAAAGAUCAAGAUAUUUAGUAGAAAAGGCCGAGAUGAACAGAGAGGCAGCGGUCAUUCAGGCUGAGGGUGACUCCGAAGGUGCUUCCCUAUUAGCUAAGGCUUUCAAAUCCUCAGGCGAAGGUCUGAUUGAAUUACGUAAACUGGAGGCUGCUGAGGAGAUUGCCUACCAGAUGUCCCAGUCGCGGAAUGUGACCUAUUUACCUUCUGGCCAACAGACACUGUUAUCUCUACCACAGUAAUAACACAUACAUUGGCAAAUGUAUAACAGAUUUAUUGGAACAUUUUAUUUGAUUGCUUCAGAAGAAAUCAUUUUUAGUUGUUUUCCAUGUGUACAAUACAUUUGAGAUGUAUUUGAAAGAUGACUUUUGAUGUACAAGACGAUUUUUCAAAGACAAAUAUUCUUCAAGUAAUUAUGUAGUACAUUACUAAGGUAACAACAAAAAUUCUAUAAUCAAAUGAUGUCAAAGAGAUGUCGGUAGGAUAUCAGACAUGUCAGAUCAUGAUAGUAAUUGGUUCUAUUCAAUCAUGAACGGUACAAUCUUCAGUUACGGCAGUUGAUACAGUUUAAUGACACAGCUUUAUUACUUGUACGAUGGGUCAUGCUACAUGUUCUAGACCAGUAAUGAAUACAUUAACACUUAAAUACUACAUUUAUAGUAUAUUAUAUAAGGAAAUUAUAUCGUUCAUGAAUGGAUGUGUGUGUGUUCUGCGAUUCUUGUCAUAAAUUUCGAGAAUAAAAAAUAAUCAAACAUUU